UGGGUACCGCGCUGAGAAGGGAAAGCAGCCAUUUUCUUUUCUCGACAACAAGAAAUUUUUAGAAGAAGUUUAUUUUACUUUUAGGUGUAUUACUAAAUAUAUAAAUUGUUAUGGUAUAGUCACAUUUCGUGACUCAGUAAAAUAUGUGUUACUAUGAAUAACUUUUCGACGUUCAAUAAUGAAGAUUUCCUAGCUGAAUGUACAACCAACGUUUUCUCCUUGACUGAUACCCGUGGAUUGAAAUGGAAAAAGUACACUUGCAAAUGUCUGAAUAGCGCCAGCACAUCUGAUGAUCCUAUUCUUACAGCAUAUACCAUUGCUUUAAAGACAGAUGUAUUUUGUGUAUGGCAAAGGAUACCACAGCCUGGUGUCCCGAUUCAAGAGAUUGAUAACCGUCUAUUUAAUUGUGCCAAGGAGCUGAUCAUUUUUUGGUAUGGCGAAGAACCUGUGUUAAAAGAUGUACCGGGACCACAGCUGCAAGAAGUUGAAACUGGAAGCUAUGAAGAUGGAAUUUCGCCAGAAAACCUUGACUUGUUUUUUAAAUCAAUUUACAACAUCAUUGAAAAAAACCUUUUAAAUAGCGAUUUUGUUCGACUUGGGAAAUGGUUUACAAAACCAGUUAUUGAUGUUGAUAAAUCAAAUACACCUGCCAGAGCUCUCGCAUUCAGUUUUUCACUUUUUAUACAUGGUGAGAGUACUGUUGUUGCAGCAGUUGAUGUGGAAGAAAAGAAUGCUAUACGAAAUCUUUGUCCUGAAGAUGGGCAGAAAACUUCUGUGUAUGUUUCAAACAAAGAAUCAAAAGUUCUACUGGCUCCUUAUGGUCUCGAUGCUCACCUUACUGGUAACAGUUUGCCAGAUACAGAUGCACGAGCUGUAAAAAUAAUUGAAGAAUGGAAGAAGUUUUUUCCAAUUAGCAAGAAAGAUUAUGAUUCUUCACUGAAGUCACAUACCUGUUGUGGGGUUGUCGAAGUUAAUCUUGGUGAAGUAAAGAUGUUAUACCCUGCACAUUUAGUUUUGGUACCUCUUACAUUAACAAACGGGAGCACGACAAAGACAAGUAGUUUUAAUGAAGCUAUCACAAAGACAUCAAAAAGAAUCCUUUCCACGAAAGUUGUCAACAAAGCAUGGGAAAACAUUAAACAAAAAGAAGAACUCCAUUUACCAUCAACUCAGUUAUGGGAUUUCAAAGAAAACUGUUACCACUCAGCUUGUGGAUGUUCGUCAAACAGUAACACAACUCGUGUGAAAAGUUCCACUACAGGCAAUCCAUUUAGCAACACGUUUAACCACAAUCAGGCUUCAAAUGCAAAUCUUCCAUCAACUGCUAAAGUUAAAAAGGUUUCUCAAAGUGCUUCAUAUUCAUCAUUUCAUCAACGGGUACUGAAAACUGGAAAACCAACUGGAAAGUUAACACCAUCCUUGAGUGGUAGAGUAACACCUUUACCUAGUGGAUCCACGAAACCGUUUGGCACUCACACAUCAACGGGAAGUGAAGAUCAAAAAUGUACACCAUUCGUGACAGAAAAGAAAGAAAACAUAGCAUCAUUGCAAAAUAAUGACAAUGGAAAAUUGUACUCGUCUAUUCCCAAUAAUUUAGUUGCUCCAGCACUUUCUAUGCGCGAAAAAACAACUCUUUCUAGAGACUCUGUAAAAUUCAGUGUCAAGAAAAAGAUGUUUGUUUAUAAAUUACCAGAAAAACUAAAUAUGGAAAGACCACAACUUCCUGGAAAUAAUAUAGAACCAAGAUUCAGGGAAACUAUAUGUGAAACUGCCCAAGAUGCUAUUCUUGUGAAGUCAGAGUAUGGAGCCUUAACACCUGUAUUUUUAGACGAACCUAACGAAUUGAAAAUUGAGCAGUUGCCAGGCUCAGGGAUAAAGAAACAUGUUGAUCCUGUAUUUGGUUUUGAAGAUGUCGGGUUUAAAAAGAUAAAAUCAGAACCGAGUGACCCCCCAAAAAGAGGUCCAGGACGACCUCGAGGAAGGCGUAGCUCUGUACUUUCUCCAUCAGAAGGAGUUGGACAAAUAUCCGAUGAUGAUAUAUUUUUGCCAAACACUCGACGAAGAAGUAGUGUAAAUUUGCGAAAACGUGAUAGUCCCAUCACUUCUCCAAGAAGCGAAUCACCCACACAUUCUGGGCCUGGUAGGCCAAGAAAACGCACUCGUAUUAGUAGUAAGAAUCUAAGUACAACCAAACCACCUCCUUCGCCACCUUAUAAAUCAACUUCGUCUGUAAGUAUUAUGACUACAAAAGAGCUAAUGCCAAACUUUGAUGACUUGGACCAUAUGUUUGAUAAUCCUGAUGAUGACGAUGAUGACAUUUCAUUGAAAAAGAUUCCUGCAGUCAGUGAACCUCUUAUUACUUCUGGAUUGGCAGACUCUGGUCCUCAACUCACUACAUCUAAUCUAACAACCACAACUGCGACUGGACUGACUGUUCAGGAUCUUGCACAAAUGUUUCCAACGCCUCCUUCUCCUCCAAAAAAUACAACAUCACCAAUAACAAUUACUCAUAGUGACCAUCAUCCUGCUCAUGUGAACAGUGUGUCUCUUGUAUCACCUGAUACAUCACAGCAUACUCCAGCUGCAGAAAGUGAACAAAUGGAGAUUGAAAAGCCGUCACUAAAGGGAAUGGUUCCAACAUUUAUUCUACCAAAAUUUCAAGUUCAAACAAUUCCUUCAGCAUAUGCACCAAUUGUUUUACCUCAAAGAAAAGUUGACUUUGGUCGAAUUAACCAGGUUAAAUAUACUCCAAGCUGGGACACCAACCAUCACCCACCAAUACUUUCACGUAGACCAAGUGGAAACAGAGUUUCAUCAAGUUCUGAUGAUGCACAAGAAAUAAAUCAAAAUAAUUCAAAACUUAAACUUACCAUUCCAUCACCGUCAGCAUUACUGCAGAGACAAAUUUCAGAGCUAGCUACUCCCAGCUCUUCCACAAUACCUAUUACCAUGCAGGAUUAUCAAGCUUUGAUUAUAAACUUAACAAUUGCAGACUCGUGUAUAAAUUGGACUGCAGCCAACACGUCAUUAGCUUCGCUUUUUCAAGAAAAGACUUACAUGUUAUUCAAGGCAUACCAAAAUGUGACGUGGAAAAAAACUGCUGUUGAUGACGCUACCUCUACCUUAUUUCCUGAAGAUUCUGUUUUGCAACCUCUAAGUUGUUUCAAACAAAAAACUUCAAGUAAAGCAUUGAACAAAGUAGAGGAAGCAAAGUUCCUUUUGUUACCAAAUGACAUAGAGUUGUUGCUGAAAAAUAUUUCAACACCACUGGCCACCAAAUAUUUACAUGGUAUUGUUACAAAGUAUUAUACCAAACAACCAAAGGAAAGUGAAAUGACUAGUAAUUUAACCCAACAAAGUAACACGAUACUAAAAGAAUUACAACGUCGUCUUGAAAAAGCUUUACAUGGCCCUGUUAAAAAAUCUGUAUGGGAUGAUCCAAAAGUUAAUGGUCCACUUUCAUUUAAAAAAUUGACUGAUUUAUGUAACAAAAACAACUCGCAGUCCGCGUUAUCAGCUAAUGGAUUGUUGUUUAAUUAUGAUGGCGACAUGCUUGCCACAUCUCCUGUGGCAGUUAAGCAUUGGCAGUCUCUUCACUUGGAACCAUAUGGAGGACGACGAAAUAUUGCUUAUAUUGUUGCGCUACCAGAGAGUGAAUUUAUAGUUAAUAGUACAAAGCAAUUCUUCAAAGAACUUAAUUGUGUCUAUGAGUCCUUAAAUCUUGGUACACAUUGGCCAAUCGUAAAAGAUCUUCGCGAUGGAUUACUUCGAAUUACGCAAAAAUCAGUUCAGAAGGUUUCUGCGUCAUCAGUUAGCGAUUGGUUCAGUCAAAAUGACUCAAAAUUGAUGGCAAAGUUAAAAGUCGUUGCUCAAUUCUGUAAACAUCAGCUUGGACCAUAUUUGGCAUCAUUAAUUCUGGAUUCAACGUUGUACACUAGUAAAUCAGAAAUUGAACGAAGUGCUUCAUCAGCUGCUAUUUCUUCUGCAUUAAAGCAACAAAAUCCCUCCUCUCCAGCAACAGCAGCAGGUUCUUCAUAUAGUUCCCAAAACAUUUCCUCUGUUGGAAACACUGGUACUGCCACAGUGUAUGACGAAACUCCUGUUGACACCACAAAAGAGUGCCCACCUACGUUGGUAAUAUACAUGGUGGAUCCCUUCCAUCAAGAAUCGCAAGAAGAGAACGUUUCAAAGUUAUGGUCAUAUGUGGGCUUGUUGAAAUGCUUUGUGGAAAUGAGUCCGAACUUUGAUAAACUGAAAGAUAACAUCCUUUUGCAGGUGAUUCCGUUAGAACAAAUAUUGCAACUUAAUCUCAACACAAGCUCAAAUAAUAGUGGCACGCACAAUUCUGAAUUGAAAGAGCUUGCACUGAGUGUAUAUUCCAGAUGUCGUGGCAAUCCUAUGACAUGGAUUAAAAAAACUGACAAGUGCAUGACGGGAUUUGGAGUUUGUAAUUAUAGAGAUAAUUUAGUCCGAAGAAGACAGGUUGAGAAUAACUUACCGCCAUAUGUUUAUCUUCCACCUUUCAUUUUAUCAAUACCAACAGAAUAUCUGAAAAACCAAACUCACUCCAGUGUUGCAAAUUCAGCACUUCAACUCAAAGAAAGUAAUGUCAAUACUCUAUUUUGUUGCUAUGGUAUCUCCACUGACGAGCAGUGGUUGAUUGUGACGUGUACUGAUCAAGCAGGCGAACUUCACGAAACAAGUUUGAUAAAGAUAACUUACCCGAAAAGAAGAAGCAAAAAAUCUUCGAUUUGGAGUAUAGCUUUAAGAAAACUAUGGGAGUUUAUAACUGGUGUGAUAUCAUACAGUGUUAGUUCGUGGAGAGUUGUACUGAGUAAACUUGGUGAUGUUGGCCACAUGGAACUGCGAGAACUACAGACGUUAAUACAAAAAGAAAUUCAAGCAGCUGUUCCUUGCACGCCAAACAGUCGACCAAUGUCACCUCCCGUAGAUGUAUGUGCACCUUGUGCGGCUAAUCAAAGAAGAACAGGUCAAGCCACCGUGAAAAGCAUCUCACUGUGCACGAUAAAUCUUCAGAGUGAUAUUAAACUGUUACCUCUUAAAAGACAACGCAAUUUAGAUACUAUAAAAAGCAGAGUUUUUGUCAUGACAUCCCCUAAAUUGCAUUCGACACGUGCACCUUCGAAAAACUCGAAUUUUCAUGGAUAUGAGAACUCCUCAUUGAUAAACACCUCUUUUGAUGAUGAUCCAGAUCGUGAUACCCUCCAUGGGAUGCUACCUAUGUUUCCUUCACCAUCGGAUGCGUCCAUCUUUCAGACGUCACCGCCAAGCGAAAUCACGAAGCUUUUGUCGCCUCCGUAUCAAGCCAAUGCGCCGAUGCCUUCACUGUCCCCUUUUCAACCUAUUCCUAACAAGCAAAUGUUUAUGGCAUCGCCAACAAAAAAUGUACAAGUUUCUGACUCAAGUGAAUACAAAGGUCGACUUGCCAUUGGUUUUUUGUUGUCUGGCACAGCUGUGGAAGCAGAUACUGACAGUAACGGUAGACCUCAAGUGAUAAAGUCUGAGUUACAUGUUCACAUGACAUCUAAUCAACAGUCAAUGAAAAAUGGACAUCCACUGGAUAGCAAAAAUUAUUUGGAAGUUAUGAAGUUUAUACUUGAACGUUUUGAUAUGUUAUCUUGGCUAAACGUUGACCCGGCAACCGGCAGCCGACGCUCGUGUUUACCUGUACAUGCACGAACUAGUCUAACAACUCAGGAGAUACUCCGCGCCCUUACGACGUAACACAACGUUACUUGGUGUAUGGUGAAUAACUCGCUUUAAACCAGACAGAAAAAACGAAAACUUGCUUAAAACUUUUUGUCUUAAUGUCGGUACAUUUGUCUUGAUGUCGGUACAUUUCGGGUGUACCAGCUUAAUGUAUUCAAUUUUCCAACGUUAUUUAUGUUACGGUGCUAACCUUAUUGGCUAUAUUUAUUUUAACGAACUCCACUUGUUGCGCGACGGUUUAUUUUGUAGAUAACUGAAUAUCUUUGUAUGAUAGAUGAAUACAAUUGAAUAGUACGAGGGGAACUUUACCCAUUGUUAAAUUUUUACCCUGAAAUCCUUUUCUUUUUUUUCCUUCUGGAAAAAAGUAAAUGAAGAGAAAUUAAAAAGUAAUAAAAUUAAAUACUUAAUAAUAAAAAUAGAAAACAGAUUUUAAAAUUCUGUCAAACUCUGUUGUUUUUGUGGAUUUAUUUUUAGUUGAGCUAACUUUUAUAUUUUAGUUGUCUUAUUUGCAAUUUUGACGGGUUUUUUCUUAUUUUCAAGUAACCUGAUAAAAUAGCGAAGCUAUUGUGAGAUUGCCUUCUUUAAUCGUAGAAAACAAUGCUAGAGGCCAAAGAAUCGCGAAACUUAUUAGUCAAUCAUGAGCUCAAGAAAAACAUGUUUUGAACUUUUUGUUUUUUUCUUAAUGUUAAGUUUCACCCCUGUCCUCGAUUUUGAUCUAUGACUGUACAUUACUGUGAGUGGAGUUACAAAUGUAUUUGGCAUAUAAAUAUAUAUAUAUUGUGCCCUACUUUUCGAAUUUAAGACAUUAUAAAUAUUAAUUUAGUAUUUUUUAAAAAUUGAUUUUGUAUCCCUCCUAAGAAAAUUUUAAAGUUUUAACUCUCGUGUAAACAAUGGUAGUAUUUAUUGUAGUAACUACACAUUCUCCUCCGCCGUGUCUCUCGUGUGCUAUACUGAAGUGAUAGUGUGACGUAGCGGAGGAGAGUGGUUAGCAAAGCGUGUGUGUUUGUGAGUGCUUAUUGGGAGAUUGCAUCUUCAAUCAUCAAUCUUGAUGAUUGAUUAGAUUGUGUCAGUGCAAAAACUGAAUGUUAUCAACCUCGUACCCUCUGUCAUUACUUUCUGUUCUAGGAACAGCAAAGGAUGAGUUCUUUUAGCAGUUGUUUUUUAAAACUGCACGCACCAACGGCUUUUAUUAGAAAACAGAACUUUAUUGUAAAUUUAUAUUCGGACGAUAUAACAUUGUAUAGUUUAGAAAUGCUCUCGGUCUGUGCAAAACUUAUUUUGCUGGCUUAGUUGAUGUAAUGAUUUCACGGUUGAGAUAAUCUUGUAUAUAUUUUCCUUUUGAAAUGAAAUUACCAAAAAGGUUUUAUACGAUAA